AUGUACGACCCACGGAAAGUCGACCUCACGGUGGUGGUGAUCAAGGCGUAUGUGCUUGGUGGGAUAUUUUGUCUCAGUACCAUGGGGCUCAUCCUGCUAGGAACACAAUGCCUUGCAUCGCCGUGGACUCCAGUGUUGGUGUAUCUCCAGCUACUAUGUGGAUUCCACAUGUUGGAGUUCAUCACCACCAGUCGAUAUAACCCUACCGAAGUUGACUCGGACCUGUUUCUACUUGACGACUACCAGAUGCUUGCUGCAAAUGUUUUGGCCCUCGUGGAGUACCUGGUUAAAGUGCACUGGUAUGGAUAUACUCCCAAAUAUUCGUUGGUAAUAGUGGGCCUUAUCGUGGCGCUAGUGGGUCAAGCAUUCAGGACGUUAGCCAUGUACACUGCUGGCACACUGUUCAAUCAUUAUAUCCAGCGACAACGCCUGGAUCGCCAUACGCUUGUCACCCACGGCGUGUAUCUGUGGCUGCGACACCCGCUGUAUUUUGGCUUUUGGUGGUGGUUUGUCGGGCUCCAGAUCAUGCUACAAAACGUGUUCAUAUCCAUUAGUGGCGGAAUUGUUCUCUGGCGUUUUUUCCGAGGCCGCAUCGAAUUUGAAGAAGGGUUUUUGGUGGACUUCUUUGGCGACAACUACGUCGAGUAUGCUCGCCGCACCCCAGUGGGGAUUCCGGGGAUCGUCACCCGUCCCCAACGACAAAAACAAAACUAG